AUGUCCAUCAAUGGUGAUGAACCACUCCCUGAGUAUAUUGUUGAACAAUGGCAUCUUUGGAGCUAUAGAUUCUUCCCCAUCACUAGGUCAGAUCCUGUUAGUAUAAGAAUUCAAGCGAAGAACGAACUCGAGAAACUUAGAUCAGCACUAAGCUCAUCAGGCUGCUUCCAGGCAGUUGGUCAUGGGAUUUCAAGUUCCUUUCUUGACAAGGUACGCGAAGCUGGAACACAGUUCUUUGCACUUCCAGUGGAUGAGAAGCAAAAGUACUUAGAGGCAGCUCAUGUCGCCGGGAAUGAUGUCAAAGUCACAGAGAAGCAAGUUCUUGACUGGUGCUACCGUCUAACUCUUCGAGUAUUCCCAGAAGAUAAAAGAAGCCUUAAUCUUUGGCCAGAAAGUCCAAACAACCUUAGAGAGGUGCUAGAUGAAUAUGCAACAAAGAUAAAGUUAAUGAUGGGUGUUCUCUUUAAGGCCAUGGCAAAAUCUUUGAAUUUGGAAGAGAACAGCUUUGCACACCAGCUGUUUGGAGAGCAAGCUCUGAUGACAGCAAGAUUCAACUUCUAUCCGCGGUGUUCAAGAGCCGAUCAGGUGUUUGGUGUGAAGCCACAUACAGAUGGGUCAGGAGUGACAGUUUUGUUGCAAGACAAAGAAGUACAAGGUCUUCAAGUUUUGGUAGAUGGCAAAUGGGUUAGAGUCCCCAUUGUGCCUCAUGCACUAGUUGUUAAUCUCGGGGAUCAGAUGCAGAUUAUGAGUGAUGGAAUAUUCAAGAGUGCAAUGCACAGGGUGGUGACAAAUACAGAAAAGUUGAGACUAUCUGUAGCCAUGUUUAACUUACCAGCUCCUGAAACUGAGAUUGGUCCAUUGGUGAGCUUGAUACAUCAUGAAACAAGGCCAAGGUUGUACAAAAAUGUCAAGAACUACGGUCGCAUCAACUACAAAUGCUACCAGAGAGGAGAAAUAGCACUUGAAACAGUAAAGAUGUAAUCUUUCCUUCUCUGUAUAAUUAUCUUUCUAGCAGUUAAAUAGUGAUCUUUAUCAUAGUCUUAUGAAUUCUGAUAUUCUCUUCUAUCAAUCAUAGCGUUUACCAAUUCCACUGAUGUAAACAAACAGAAAAUUAUAUGAGAGGAAAUUAUAGCAUUUAUGCAGAUAAAGGCAAAAUGAGAAAGCAAACAGAGCCACUAACCCUCUCUGGUAGCAUUGAUAGUUGAAAGCACCAUAGUGUUCUUCAGCUGCAGACUCAAUAAGCAUGUCUACAGAUACCCUCAUUUUUCUGUGUUUGUAGUGCACUGUCCAGUGGACUCUAGAAUAUUCCAUUACUCAUUAACUGCAAAAAUAUAACCUGUGCCCCGAGAAAAGCUACAACUGUUCUUAACACUGAUUGAUAAUAAGAGCAUGGGGUAUUAUAGCAUUGUUCAUCUUUGAAAAGCUGAAUACAAUACCUUCAACUUCUUGGUCUUGCAAGAGGACAGUGACUACUGAUUUAUCCGAAGCCAAGAAACGAAUUCGAUCUGGGACAAGUUGGG